CUGCUGCUGCUGGAGCUGGUGGAUAAAUGCAGAGGCUCGAGAAUCCACACCGUGAUGGAGAACGAGAAAGAAACUGUCAGCACGCUUCUGGGUUUUGAUGACUCAGUCAAUAUGGUAUUAGAAGAUGUCACUGAAUUUGAAAUCACACCAGAAGGAAGAAGGAUCACUAAAUUAGAUCAAAUUUUGCUAAAUCGAAAUAAUAUAACAAUGCUGAUGCCCAGAGGAGAAGGGCAUGAAGUGUGAGUGACCUCCUUGGCUUUCACUGGCUCCUGUGCUGUCUUAAGAUGGCAACAACACGAAUGUUAUUGCAUUUGUUUUGUUUUUUAACUUUUUAAUGUUUAUAUCAUGGAAAGCUGAGUUUCCCGCUAAAGGGAAAUGCUUUUAAGAUAUACUGUAUGUCCAUUUUUUGUAAGUUAAUCAUGAUUAUUUUGGAAAAAGAAAGAUUUUUUUUUUGAAGACUAAAAAAAUAAAGGUGUUUUUUGGUGA